GGCUCCAGCUUUUGCGCCUCAUCGUCUAGAUGGGAAGCAAGAGCGGUGGAAAGACCAAAGGACAAGCAAGUGGAAAGUCGGGCAAAGGCAAAGGCGGCAAAGGCGGCAAAGGCAAGGCUGCGCCUUCGCUUGGCAAGUCAAGCGGGUGGCAGGGAAGCAGCUGGUCUGGCAGCCAGUGGACUGGAGGCCAGUCAAGCGGCCAAUGGACCAGCAGCUCCUGGGGCGGUCAGUGGGGCGGCAAGGGCGGCAAGUCUCAGAACGGAGGUUCGAGCCAAGAGGCCCAGCGCUUCGUGAAGCAACUGCUGGACACCAGAGGAGAUCGCCUGGAGCGGGAGAUCCUGGGUGGCGGCACGCUCUGGCGCAGCUGCUGGGCGGACAGCUCCCAGGGCAAGAACCUGAUGAUGAUCCUCGGGAAGCUGCCGGCGUCUGCCAACGUGCCGCCCCCGCCGGCGGCUGCCUGUCAAGCGGCUGCGGAGCGCUUUUUGGAGCGCGAGAGAGGCUCGCCGGAGCAAGCCGUAGCCGCCGCAGAGGUGGCCAUCAACGUUGUGCAGCGCUUGCUGCUCUUCGAGUGGGAGGUGUCGGCAGAGGAGGCCAGAGAUGCGCUGGAGGGGAUCCUGGAGAAGGCGAAGGACUGCCUUCAACUGAAGCACAAGGACCACAAAGAUGCAUUGAAGAGGAUCAUGGAGCUCAUCGACGAGCUGGAGAAGCCCUGGAAGAUCAGGUGCAAGGCCGAGCCCGAGGACAUGCCGGAGGAGCCGGCUUCCUCGGUGCCGGGCACCGGCGCCGGCGGCACCUUUAGCCACCAGGGCUGGCGCAAGGCGUGCGUGGCCUGGCUGGCACGCACGGAGCUCUUCGCGUCCCCACUGCUGCCGAAGAUGCGGGGUGGCACCAAGGUCAAAGGUGUGGACCCCAGAGGCAUCUACGACUCCCCGGACCAAUACAUGGACACCAUCCAGCAGCUCAUGGUCGCCAUGACCUUCAGCGAGGGCAACGCCUGCAUCUCCCCCCGGUGCUGGCACAGGGAUGGCGGCAAGGAGUGCGGCGCCACUCUGUGGCCUGUCCCAGAAGGCCAGGGCUUGCACUGCCGGAGCCGGCAUUGCCACGGGGCGGUUGUCCUGGCCUGCGGCAACCGAAACCACCUCUCUGGGCUCUGCAAGAAGUGCGCCCGCGAGGCCACCAUGAACGCGGUGGGCCGGGCAGGCCACAAGGCCUCCACCCACAUCUACGAUGCCUGCUUGACGCACAUCGGCGCCGACGGCAGGCUCUAUUUCCAGGGAGUCCAGAGCCGGAACCCCCCGCAGAUGGCGAUCCACUGGCGCACCACCAAGCGGCUGCAGAGCCCGAACCUGGUGGCCCUGGUGAAGCUGUCUGAGCCAGGCGCUGGGCUUCGUUUGGAGGACGCCCUUUACUGGGGGGAGAUCACCUCGCACCCCCACGUGGGCGGCAAGCCCUCGGACGAGGCGAGAAGGCACGAAGCCGGGCAGCUGGCGGUGAACAUGGCGGGGGUGGUGGAGUUUGACAGCGAGCAGUUCACAGAAGGAGAUCAUUUGGCCAUCAUCGACUGCAUGACCUUUGUUCCAGAGUACAUCCCCGUGCUGAAAGCCCUGGAGAAGCAGCGGGACUCGACGCUUCCCUUCCAGGACGGCGCUUUGUUGAACCUGUGCGUUUGGAACCGGCCCAUCGGCAACACCAUGGCGGAAGAUCAGGACAUGUCAAACCUGCAGCAGUUGGUGGAUGAGAUGAUCGAUGAAAGCACUCUGCAGCCCAUCCGAGAGAUCCGGAGAGAUGAUCAGCUGGCAGACAGGCUCUCUCAGGAGCUGCUUCAGCUGCUGCGGGCGGUGACCUUGGACGAUGGCCAGCUGCGGAGCUUCAUCGAUGGCCUUCGGAACUCCCUCCACCUCACCCAAGGCCCUCCGGGAACGGGCAAGUCCUACCUGGGAGUGGUCAUGGUGCGCGCGCUGCUGAUCAUCCGAAAGCUUUGGCAGCAAGUGAAUGCCACCGUGGGCACGCCGCCCAUCCUGGUCCUUUCGUACAAGCCCUUUGGCGCAAG